AUGAUUCUUUUGAUUUUCUUUCUAUUUAAUUAUUUUUCUAUAAUAAAUGGUUUUAAUCCAAUAUCUUUAUCGUCGAAUUCGCCUAGUGCAACACAUGAAUCUAUAACUCGUUGUGCUUUUGCUAUAAUAACUAGUGAAUAUAUUCAAACACGAUUCCAGAUUAAUAUAACCAUACCUACAAUAACAAAUGGUACAUGUCCAUCAUCAUUUUUUAUACAAUUAAAAUCAAUCUUUCCACAAGUACAAAAACAAGGUGGAAAUUCAUAUAGUACUUGGAUAAAUACAAUUGAUUAUAUUAUUGGAUUUAAUGCAUUAGUUGAUGUUGUUGAACAAACAGAUGAAUCACGUCAUUUUGAUUCCGAAUCAUUUAUUGCAGCAUCACAGAUUAUUCUUGCACGUUAUAAAAUAGCUAUUGAUUCAUUAAACUCUUCUGAUUAUGAUAAUAGUAAUGAAUAUUUUGGAAAAGUAACACAUACAUUACAAGAUUUUUAUUCACAUUCAAAUUGGAUUGAAUUGAAUAAUCGAGAACCUCAACAAGAUCUUGGUAUUAAUAAUAUGACAUCUGCUCAAUUUGCUGCACCAACAGUUCGAACAUGUACAAAUUGUUCAACGGGUACAAAUGCUAUAUGUCCAUCAAAUAAUUGUACAUUAGCAGGUUUAACAAGUGGUUAUUUCAAAUUACUUACAGAUAUUAUUCAUAAGAAACCAGUAGGUAAAUGUUCACAUGGUGGUACAUUCGAUGCAACAAAAAAUAAUGAUGCUAUUGGUGGUAUUAAUAAAGAUACCGUUGAUUCAAUUCAUGGAUUUUUACAUGUACCAGCUGCUCAAACAGCUUAUUUAGCAACAUAUAAAAUUUUACGACAAUUUCGUAGUCAAGUUCUUGAUACACUCUUUGGUAAAUUUAUUAAUAUAUUAGAUCGAAAAGCAGUUUCUAGCAAAAUACUUAUGCUAGUUUCAUCAUCAUCUAAAUCACAACAAGAUUCAUCAUUAGUUUAUACAAAUAUUUUAAAUGAUAUUCGUAAAACAAAUAUGUUUUCUUCUAUUCAAGAAAUUGUAUUAUCACCAGCUAGAGAUUCUUAUUAUAAAUCACAUAUACUUUCAAUAGCAACACAUAAACAUAUUAGAAUUGAUAUAUUACGUAAUUCAAUGUAUCGACAAAAUUCUUUUGAUUAUGGUCAAGAUUUAGCAAGAAUUACUGGUGGUCUUUAUCUAUAUAAUUAUAAUAAAAGUCAAGAUAAUAUCAAUGUAAAUCAAAAUCAACAAACGGAAUUAAUUAAUUUAUUAUAUUCAAAAGAUUCAUCAUCAGAUAAUAUUUUAAUUAAUGUUGACAAUACAUGUUCAGAUCUUAUUUUAGAAUUUCUUAUUAAUGAUACAAUAUCAUCAUUGACAAUUCAAUUACAAAAGUGGAGUCUAGUUCUUUCACCAUCAAAUAUUCUUACGAAUACAACUUAUUAUAGAUCGUAUAUAUUUUCAAAUAUAUUACCUGGUCAAUGGAGAUUAAUUAUUUCUUCGUUACCAAUUAAAUUUACAUUUGAUUUACGAGUAUCAUGUUAUAGUAAAUUUCAUUGUUUUUCACGUGUUUAUGUAAAUAAUGAUAAUGUUAUUCAUUCUGGUCUUAUAGAAUUCGAAGGUAAUUUAAUUCAAAAUCAAAAUGCUCUUCUCAUAACAACAUGUGAUGAUAAUUCAAUUAAUAUAACUGAUAUUUCGGUAGCAAUUGUAGAUGAAAUUAAUGGAAAUAUAUUAGGAAAUUCAUUUCAAUCAAUUUAUAAUUCAGAAAAUGAUCGUUGGAUAACAAAUUUAACAAGUAUUCCAUCAAAUCCAUUUCGUUUUAAAUUUUCAUUUAAUAAUCAGCAAAUACAACGUUUAUCAUAUCUAUUAUAUCAACCUAGUUUAAUCGAUGUUGAAAUUACUCAAGUUAAUACAACAUCAAAACAAAACAUACUUAUCAAUUAUCGUAUUCAUAAUUAUAAUAAAAAAUCAGUUAAAAUAAAUUUUAUUGCAAAAAAUAUUGGAACAUAUAUAACUACAAAAGAUUAUAAAUUAAAAGCUAAUGCAACUCAGGAUGAUUAUAUUGACUUAAAGUCAGAAGCAAAUCAAAAGGAUAUGAUUGUCUUAACAAUCACAACAUCAACAGGGGAUUGGAAUUAUGACGUUUAUUCUUUGUAA